AUGAUCCGCUCCUGGGCCCGCCAGAUGACCGAGCCCCACCCAUUCGCCCGCAACCCAGUAACGGCCAAGCCGUACCCAGCGCAGUACCGCGUCAUGGGCAGGAAGCUCCUGAGAACAUCUGCAGUUUUCUUCCCCUGGUACGCAACCGUGCUCGGCUGGCCCGUCGCCGCCGAGUGGGCCUUCAACGGGCGCAUGUGA